UUGCUGGACGAAGGAGAAACCAAACCGACCGGAUUGAAAAGGCCAUAUCGACAUAAAUCGAUAGCCUCAAGCCGACCUGAAGCAACGAGUUCCCCUCUUCACGAUGACGACGAUCCGCAGAUUUUGCUGUGAAGAUCUCCUCCGCGUUGCUCCCGUUAACCUCGAUCACCUUACCGAGACGUUCAACAUGUCCUUCUACAUGUCUUACCUCGCUCGAUGGCCGGAUUACUUCCAUGUUGCCGAGGCCCCAGGCAAUCGAAUCAUGGGUUACAUAAUGGGCAAGGUAGAAGGCCAGGGUGAAUCUUGGCAUGGUCAUGUCACUGCAGUAACAGUUGCUUCUGAGUAUCGAAGGCAGCAUUUAGCUAAGAAACUUAUGCACUUGCUUGAGGACAUCAGUGAUAAGAUUGACAAGGCUUACUUUGUAGAUCUAUUUGUAAGGGCAUCUAACAUGCCAGCCAUUAAGAUGUAUGAAAAGCUUGGUUAUAUAGUAUACCGGCGUGUGCUGCGCUAUUAUUCUGGCGAAGAAGAUGGUCUCGGUGAGUCACUCAAAACUCAGUCAUGA